AUGGAACGCUCGAAGCUUGGAAAAGUGCCAAAAUUUCGCCGAAGACCAAGUAACACAAUAACAAUGACAACGGUCGAGGAGGACGGCACGCAAGUUGAACGAAAAGCAAAACGAAGAUCCCGGCGACCUACAGCUCGACCACACGCGGUGGACCAGACAGUAUUCAAAGAGGCGUUCAAGAUGUUCUGCGAUCGAACACUGAAGAUGGGAGUCAACGCACUGACCGAUGAAUUUAUGAAACUAAAAAUGGCCACACAGUCCAUAGGCAAUCGGCCAAAGACCGCAUGGGAAGCGAAUCAAGACAAGAAUCGAUACCGCGAGGUCUUUUGUGUUGACACGACAAGGGUGAUCCUGACAUGGCCUGCCGGAAUGAACGACUAUAUAAACGCCAACUGGGUGUCCAGCGUGGAGAAGCCGAAAAAAUUCAUUUGCACACAGGGUCCAAUGGAUAAAACCAUCGACGAUUUUUGGCGAAUGAUAUGGCAGGAGAAGUGCCGAAGUAUUGUAAUGCUCUGCAAUCUCACGGAAUGUGGUAAACAGAAAUGUGAACAGUACUGGCCACUCAGCGCAGAAACACCGCAAGAACAUUCACUAGAACAUUUCCACUGGAAAGACUGGCCUGAUCGAGGUGUACCCGCUUCGACGACGUUGUCUAUCUUCCGUCUUCUUACGCAGGUCUCCACCAUCUUAGCUAAACAUCUUUGGAGACGAAAGAGUUCCCCAAACAAUGACCUAUUCGUCAACACAGAGCGCGCGUGCAGACGAAAAGCACUCAAGUGGCAGGUGAAAGAGGCCACAGCCCGGAGUAGCAUCCAUGCUUCACAGAUUCCUGAUAAGCUUGUAGCCACGCUUCUGCACAUUUACGAGCCUUUUAAAGAACACAGCCUCGCUACCAGCUUGUGCCACCCAGUUCCGGAGGUGAAUCGUCUUACUCCAUGUGUUGUGCAUUGCUCAGCAGGCAUUGGACGCACUGGCACAGUAGUUGGGAUCGAUUUGCUCUAUCGACGACUGGAAAAGGGCGAAAAGGACGCAACUCUACUAAAAGUGGUCAGCGAACUGCGAGAAAUGCGUCAUGGAGCCGUUCAAAUGGAUGCCCAGUACCUCUACAUGCAUCGGAUUCUACUAGUGGUCGCCGAAAACUUGAAGAUAAUCACUCCAGAAGAGACGCAGAAAUUCAACGAUGAUUACGAUCAAAUGCUUAAGAGUCGCGGUUUUACGUGA